GACGCGUUGCCCUCUCAGUGCCGCUGCAGAGGAGGGACAGCCAGGGACAGCCAGGGACAGGGGACGCACGGGGACGCUCUGCAGGUACGGAUAUCUCACACGGCCAAGUAGCUGGUGGCGUGCGGACAGACAAGCAACUCUUCAUACUGAAAAGGUACAAUAAUCGCUCCUUCUAAAAUCAACCUUACCACGACAGAAGGGGGAAAUGAACCGUGGCACAACAGACAUACAAUAUAAAGAUAUACCUUGAGUCGUCAUCAUUUGAAUACAAUCUCGAGAUUUUCUCAAAUAUCAAGACUCGACCAUGUCCAAGGGCGACGCGUGCAAAGUGACGUCCGGCAGCAAACACAAGGAGCGGAAGCCCAAGAAGCCGCACUACAUCCCGCGGCCGUGGGGCAAACCCUACAACUACAAAUGCUUCCAGUGUCCCUUCACCUGCAUGGAGAAGUCCCACCUGUACAACCACAUGAAGUACAGCCUGUGCAAGAACUCCCUCUCGCUGCUCAUCGAGUCCGACUGGCCGUACAAAAAGGGCAACCUGCUGCACCCGGAGCAGCUGCGGCCCUUCCAGCCGGCGGGGGGGCACCCGGCCGGCGGGGGGACGGACGGACGCGAGGACGGGCAGGGGCGGCGGCGGUCCGUCGAGGAGGAAGGCGGAGGCGGGAGGACCCGGGGAGCAGAGGACGAGGAGGGGGGAGGACGAGCGGAGGGGCCGGAGGUCAGCGGGCUGACCGAAGAGCCCCCCGGGGACCACGGCAGAGGAGCCGCCGCCGCCGCCACCGCCACCGAGCGCGCUGCCGGGAAAGUGAAACCGUCCGAGUCGUCCGAGUUUCUGAUGGCGGACGUGUUCUCGCUGGAAGACCAGCUUCUGCGAGCGCGCUCCGUGGAGGUGGAGGCCCAGCUGAAGCACUACAAGCUUUCCAAGACGUAUCUGACGGCGCCCGCCUUGCUGUCGGAGCAGUGGCGCCUGCUGGCGUCCGGCCACGCCAAGGCCAAAGCGGAGGCCGCGCCGCCCCGAGUGGGCGGCUCCAUCCCGUGUUACCCCCCUCCGCCGAACCUGGUGGAUUACCAGGACCCCACCGGACUCAACCUGUCGGUGCUCGGGGUGGGCUACCCCGUCAGCCCCGGCCUCUUCUCCUACAUGAACUCGGCCAUUCCCGCCGCCGCCGCCGCCGUCAGCGCCCAGACCCACGCGCAGCUCGCCCAGCUUCCCUUCCUGGCGUCGGCCGCUCAGCUGAUGCACCCGGCCUCCGGCGCCCACGCCGACCGAGCGCUCGUCCCGCCUGGCCUGUACUACCCCUUCCUGUGCGAGCACGCGUUCGGGCCGGCGUCCGGUCGGGGCGACGCCGGCAAAGCGCUCAAGGCGCCCGCCAGCGGCCCGGAGGCGAACCCUCUGCCCGGCUUCCAGCCCAAAGUCAAUCUGUGGAAAGUGCCCGCUCUGCGGCCCGGGGCCGCCGUCCCCCCCGCUGGCCGGGCGUCACCGCAGAGAGACUCCCCCGAGCAGGGCGUCAGAGUCGGGGAUAAAGUGCAGACCACAGCCAGGGAAGGCAAAGCCAGCUGGGGCCUCAAGAGGACGGGGGCCCCACUGGGGGACCACGAGGCUCCGGGGGACAAGAAACCGGCCGUGGGAGGCUUCAGUUUGGACCUUUUGAAGAAUCUUCAGACGGCAUCAACAGCGGAUAGACUUCUCUUCCACAGGAGCUCACAGGAUGCUCAGCUCCCGCCGCGCCCCUCGGCUCUGUGGUGCGACGACCUUCCCGCCAGCGAAGCGUCCUCCCGCCCCGACAGCGCCGCCCGGGCGGCCGGGGAGGGGACCCCGGAGUCGGUGGCCGCUCUCCUCAGUGACCUCUCCAAGGCCCUGCAGGAGUACCAGGAGGCCGAGGGCAAGAUCUCCCACCUGGAGAAGGAAGACCUCCCGGCCCAGCGCCACCUGUGGGAACACCUGGGCACGAUCCGCAGUGAGCUCUCCCACAUCCAGCAGGCGCUGGAGCGGACGGCCCGCCACAGCGACGGCCCGCUGGACCUGUCGGUUAAAAGGGGCUCGGCGGAGCCGGCGGGGGCCCGCGGCAGGAGAGAGGACGUGGGCCUCAAAGGCGACGCGACGGAGACGGAGGACGAGGACGAGGAGCCGGAGGAGCGCAAGGAGGCAGCAGAGAGCGAGGGAGGCGCGUCGAGGGCCUCGCUGGAGAGUCGCAAGCAGUCGUUGGACGUUCUGAUCAAGAUGAGUCAGCCGUCGUCGGAGGUCCUCUCCGCCGAGGCCCUGUGGCCGAGCAGGACCACCAAGUGCGAGGCCGACUCCAGCGUCCUGCUCGGCCCGGACGGGCGAUCGGGGCUUUUCGGCGACGUCCCUUCCUCCGCCAAGACCCCGAAGAGAACGGCGUCCGCACAGCAGCGGGUCGAGGCCCGGUGUCCUCCGAGCCCUCAGACGGUCACAGACAAUUAAACCUUCUCUCAUCUGACUGUAACGUGGCUCCAUGCAGAUGUUCAAACACAGCUGUCUUCAUCAUUACUGGCACGCCAUCGUUUUGCACCUUAUGAUACAAACGGGGAAUGAAUGAACAAAAAAAAAAAAGUCUUAUAAUGCACUAUGGACAUUGAUUGUUCCAAAAAAAUACUUUAAAUUGUAACAUCAGCACUUCUUUAAAGAUGAUUUAAACAUUGAUUAAAACAUGUUGAGACAAACCUCGUCGUCUUUGGAUUUGUAAAUAUUGUAAUUCUAAUACAUGUAAGUAAAACAUUUU